GCUUGUUUGUUAGCAUUGAAGUCAGUGAAUUCAUUUCUUUCAAAAUGAACAUCAUUUCUUUAAAAAUGUGGAUUAUUUCAAUUAUAAAACAUAUUUUUGUGCGUUUUUAUCGCUUUAUGAGAACGUUGCGUCACAAAUGGUUAUGGUCAUGCGAUGAUGAGAUUAUAAAUGAACCAAUUUCCUACGAUUGUAUAAAUGUUGAAGAACAACCAGUCAGUUGUAUAAAUAACAAAAUAUUGCAAGCUGCUCCGUUACCAGGCCAAGGAUCAUCUGUUGAUUCCAGACCAGAAAGAUCGCGACCAGAAACUCGUAACAUGGCAAGUGGACAGAGUGGACAUGGGGUGCCUUCAAGAAGUGAUAAAAGUCAAUUCAGUCAAGGUAGAGCUGAACAAGGAAACCACAAGUCUAACCAAGCUAGUAACAAAAGGAAAUUUGAAGACCCUCUUGAUAUGGUUAAAGAAAUCGACAAUGAAGCCGCUAAAUUAGAAUUAGAAGUCGAUAAAUUCACUGGGGAUUACCAAGAUAAGGAAUACAAAUUUCUUGAUGAAAUGUUAACGCGAUGCAUGUUAAAGCUUGAUAACAUAGAUUCAAAUGGACGAGAGGAUGUUAGAAAUGCUAGACGGUCAACAUUGAAUCGAGUGGACCGUUGUAUAAACAUCUUGGAAAGCAAAGGUAAUUCAUCUGAAUCUGGUGAGAAUAAAAAUGAUUCAAAUAGUGAUGCCAACACCGAUACUACAAGUGAAGCCCAGCAAAAUGAUUCUUCUUCUGAAUCAAAUCAAUCCAAUGAAAGUGGUGGUACAGAGGGAGACAACAAAUCUGUAAAUUGUGCAGCUUAUGGUGAAAUUGAAAAGAAAGAUAAUAAUAUAAAUCAAUAUCAAUCAGCAACCAACAUGCCGGAAUUUUUCGUAAAACCGGUUUUUUCAUCGUCAAUUGUUGAAAAUUUGAUUGCAGAAAUUCUAGACCAAGAUGAACCUUCAGAAGAACCAAGUGAAAUUGAUAUAGAAACAGAUUACGACCAAAAGGCCUCUACUAGACUCGAAUUGGAUCAAUUUGGGUUAAAUAUUUGUAGUGCUGUUAGUUUACCGAUUAAAAUUUAAUAAUUUUGUAAUUUAUGUAAUUUAACUAACUGAGUAAAAUUAAUGUGUUUGUCUGCUUUGUCUGGAAAGCGAUAUUAAACAAUCAUUUUUCACUUGUCUCA